GCUUGUUAGGGAAAUGUGUUUCCUUGUCUAUGUCAGUCGAACGACGGAACGUUAUGGCGUAUUAAACCAUUAAACAAAAACAAUACAUCCAAUACAUUAAUAUUUUUCUUGGUUUCGGGUGUUUCUCUAACGGAUGGAUUCCACCGCGCGCGGGAAAGUCAGCUGGUAUCUGUGAUUCCCGGUUAUUCCCGGUGAUUGUGCGAUGAUGACCGCGGAGCUGCUGCUGUCCGACAGCCGUUACUGUGCAGAUAACCUGCUAACCAGCGAGGACUGGGAUGCCUGUCUGUAUCAGUGUGAGGACAUGGAGGAGGAUUUCACUGGAGAACUGAAGUAUAACACAUUGCUGGACCGGGAUCUGGUCCUCACCCUCGACCCUGAUGACCUCACAUCCCCAUGGAAGAACCUGGACCUCACCCUCACAGGCGAGAUGCCGAUCAUGAAGGAUGAGAUGAGAAUAACACAACCUCUGCCAGUGGACAUGUUUUUCCAGGUGAAGACCGAGCCUCCAUCCCCGUCCUCGUCUCUGACCUCUGACAGCUCUAUCCCGUCUCUACCUGAAGCUCAGGUGAUGAAGAGUGAGAAUCCUCCCACUCCACCGUACAUGUGUGGAGAUGUGCUGUCGCCGCCGCUAGCCAGGGUAGAGGUCACCGUAACCACAGCCUCCCAGAAGGCCUCCAGCAUUCUCAGCAGCAAACCUCUGCUCCAGCCCAAACCCGUGUGUGUGUCGAGCCCAGCCAAAGCCCUGAUCCUGCAGAGCCUUCCCGUUCCUGUUUCUCCCGUAGACCAGAGCACGCCUGUGGUUCUGUCUCAGUCCGUGUGUCUGGGUUCUGCUCCCGCUGUCGUAAAGAUGGAGCCGCUUUCUCCCAGCAUGCCUCACUGCAGGAGCCCAUUAGCCCCGCCCCCAAGCAAACCCAUCAUCCCCGCACCCGGCCCCCCCUCCAGCUGCGGAGACAUCGACAUGAAGGUUCUGAAGCGGCAGCAGCGCAUGAUCAAGAACCGCGAGUCGGCCUGUCAGAGCCGAAAGAAGAAGAAAGAGUACCUGCAGAACCUGGAGGUGCAGCUGAGAGAAGCUCACCAGGAGAACCAGCGCCUGCGCAGAGAGAACCAGGAGCUGCGGAUGAGACUCGCCGGGAGAGAGGCCACAGAAUCGGGCAGCAAUAAGAGAGCGGUGUGUGUGAUGGCUCUGUUCCUCUUCGUCACCUUCACCUUCGGCCCCGUCAGUCUGCGAGAGCGUUCGCUGGAGGAAGAAGCCGUUCCUCUGACCGGUCGACACUUGCUGGAGUUCCAGAGUUCUCAGGAGUCGAUCGGGAACACGGAGCGAGAAGAGGAGCUGGAGAAGGAGAGUGUAAUCUCGUAUCCGUUCAGGAAUGAGAGCGACGUGUUCAGUGUUCUGCAGGACAUCGACCGGUACUUCUCCUCUCCGGACUGCAGACAGUUCAACCGCUCCGAGUCGCUCAGGCUGGCGGAUGAGCUGCGCGGAUGGGUGAACCGACACCAGAACAACCGGAAGUCUGAUGGAAAGACCAAAGCAGUGAAGAAGACUAAAAUAGCUCAGCAGAAAGCUCAGCACAGAAAGACUAACUUCUCCAGGUACCUUCCAAUCCAGGCUCAUCGGUCCAUCGAAAGUCAGCUGCAGGUUCUGCCGGGGCCGGAGAUCAGUUACAGCGACUUCAUGGAUGCCAUCGACCGGCGCGAGGACACCUUCUACGUUGUGUCUUUCAGACGGGAUCACCUGCUGUUACCCGCCAUCAGCCACAAUAAAACCUCUCGACCCAAGAUGUCUCUGGUCAUGCCUGCCAUGGCCAUCAACGAUUCGGUGUAUAACUCGUCAAAAGGCGGCUAUGAGAUGAUGAUGCAGGUGGACUGUGAGGUGAUGGACACCAGGAUCAUCCCAAUCAAGUCCUCUGUAGUACCGCCCUCUCUCAGAGACCCGCCCCCGGCCCCACCCCCUCACCACCAUCACCACGGCAACCACACGUCUCUCCGCAGCCGCACCCAGCAACCGCACGGCAGGCGGAGGGGAUCGGGAUACUUGAUCAGCGGAUCCGUGUGAGACUCGACGUUCCCACAUCAGACUUGUCAUUCCCGCAUCAGACUCAACGUUCCCCGCGUCAGACUCGACGUUCCCGCAUCAGACUCGACGUUCCCCGCAUCAGACUCAACGUUCUCCGCUUUCAGACUCGACGUUGCCGCAUCACACUCGGCGUUCCUGCAUCAGACUCGUCAUUCCCGCAUCAGACUCGAAGUUCCCACAUCAGACUCGUCAUUCCUGCAUCAGACUCGAUGUUUCCUGCGUCAGACUCGACGUUCCCGCGUCAGACUCGACGUUCCCGCGUUAGACUAGACGUUCCCGCGUCAGACUCGUCGUUCCCGAGUCAGACUCGUCAUUUCCGCCUCAGACUCGAUGUUCCCACAUCAGACUCAUCAUUCCCGCGCCAGACUUGACGUUCCCCGCGUCAGACUCAUCAUUCCCGCAUCAGACUCGAGUUCCCACAUCAGACUCGUCAUUCCCGCUCCAGACUCGACGUUCCCGCGUCAGACUCAACAUUCCCGCAUCAGACUCGAUGUUCCCCGCAUGAGACUCGCCGUUCCCCCGCCAGACUCGACGUUCCCCACGUCAGACUCGACGUUCCCCACGUCAGACUCGUCAUUCCCGCAUCAGACUCGACGUUCCCGCGUCAGACUCGACGUUCCCACAUCAGACGCAACGUUGCCCCGCCAGACUCAACGUUCCCGCGUCAGACUCGACGUUCCCGCUUCUCUUCUCCUUCUUGUUUGAGUUCCUGUAUGCAGUGCAUCACCUGCUGUCUUUUUAUACGUGUUUUUUUUUUUUGUUUGUUUUUUUACAGAUUUUUAUUAAGAUUAUUUAAAAAAUAAUGUGCUUCUUCUAGAGGUGUGUGAUAUAAAUAUUUGAGUAUGAGAAAUAAUCCGUCACAGUCACUUGUGUCAAUAUGUAUGUUCUCUCAUGGUGACUUUUUCAGGACCGUUGCUGAAUAUUUUGUCCAUUCUCGUUGUUUCUGACUCUAAACCUGAUGACAAAGCUUGUAGUAGUUGAUGUCAAUAAUAUCAGAUUUUAGGAUAAUACAGAAUCUUCUGCCUUGUUUUCAUUUGCAGACGUGCUUCUGCUUUUGCUCCUAACCACUACCAUGAUCCAGUAAUACCUGUAAUAUUUCAGCCUGUGCUGCUGCUGAGAUCAUGAUUCAUUUCACAGAAGUUAUUGUUGGAAAGACUUGAAAAUCCAACAUGGAUCUCUUUACCAAUCAAAAUGAUUUAUUCGUGAAUGAGUUUGAUUGACAGGUGCAGGGAGAGUUCGUUUUUCGAUCCACCAGCAGUCCAAUGGUUAAUCUCUCUCUCUCUCUCUCUCUCUCUCUCUCUCUCUCUCUCUCUCUCUCUCUCUCUCUCUCUCUCUUUCUCUCUGUUAAACUCUCUCUCUCUGUGUUAAACUCUCUCUGUUCACUGUUUGUUCACUAAGUAAAGGGAACAGAGCGUGAGGUGCGAUGUACAUUUUCUUUCUGUGAAUUUGUUUAUCUUCUGAUCGAAGGUAUUUUUUCUUGUUUGAUCUUCGUCUGAUCUUCAUGGCUUCUUUUCAUGUGUAUCUCAAUUCAUCUUAAGAUGAUGAUUUAUAUGUCAGAAACUUUCCCAUCAUGCACUGCUCUAGCAUGCUUCGGUUAUCUGUGAAGGAAGGAUGAUUUGUGUAAAUUUAAAUCUGCUUUUUUACUUUUUUAUUUAAAUGAGCUUUCACAAGGAAAACGCUGUACAUUUUCUCUCCUGUCUGUAUGAGAGUUUUAAACUACUGUCUUCAUUUGUAGAGGAGAAAAUAAAUUUGAUAAAUACUAA